ACAAGUAUGGCGUCGAAAGAGGACGGUGCGCCGGCGCAAACGUCUGAAAACGUUGGAAAACUCGAGGAGAACGCGUUGAAACGAAAGGAAAGGUUGCGACAGCUCCGCGAGCAGAGAAAACGGAAAAUCGAUCCGGAGCACGACAACAGCCAAGCUAGCGAAGCCUUGCCAAAGCCGGUGUUUCGUACGUACAGACCCAACGACGAGAAUCUCCAGGACCUCCAAAUCCCUGACGCACAACCCGAGCGCAUCGAAGAUAAGGUCAAGGAAACGUUGAGCCAAGAAGCUUCGGUAGAUUUACUCGACAAAGAGAUCGACAUCACGACCCUAGCUCCCUUGAAACCGGACUGGGACUUGAAACGAGACAUCGCGGGAAAACUCGACAAGCUAGGACGAAGAACCAAGCGUGCCGUUGCCGAACUAAUCAGGGAACGCCUCCGUGAGAACAAGGAAGAUCUUGCACGCGUCGUUCAGAACGUUCAGCCAGACGCAGAUGUCGACGACGACGACGACGACGACUAAUUGAACCGGUUUCUCGCUCGAGCCCUGUUAUCUGCCACGAAGAAUCCAUGAGGAGAGCAACC